UACGCCAUGGCGGCUCUCUGUAUUAUUCACUCUUCUUUUGCGCUUGGAGGUGAAAUUUAAAGGUUUGUGAGCUUUCGGUUUUGGACCGGAACUCAAGCGACGCUUUCUGAGAUGCGACUUUGGAUCUGAGUAGGUGGAAAAACUGAGCAUUUUGUUUUGCGCGGAAGGAUUUUGUUAAUAGCAUGGAUCCAGACAGCGGGGCGGACACCCAGCGAACUCUCAGCCUGCAAUGGAAGAGCUACAAACUCCUGCAGGACCCGGCCAUCCGCAGGGUCGCUCAGAAGAUCUACAGAUACGACGGGAUUCACUUCAGCGUCCCGGACUCAGGGUUUCCUCCUGUGGGGGAGUUACGUGACCCUCGACCUCGGCGGAUCUGGUCCAGACACACGGAGAUGUCUCUUCCUUUGCCCAAGUUUAAGUUGGACGAGUACUACGUGGGUCCCAUCCCGCUGAAGGAGGUGACGUUCGCUCGGCUGAACGACAACAUCAAAGAGCCCUUCCUGUUAGAGAUGUGCACUAAAUUCGGCGAGGUGGAGGAAAUGGAGAUCCUGUUCCACCCCAAGACACGCAAGCACUUGGGUUUGGCGCGUGUCCUGUUCACCAGCACCAGAGGGGCCAAAGACACGGUCAAACACCUGCACAACACCUCCGUCAUGGGCAACAUCGUCCACGCACAGCUCGACAUCAAAGGCCAGCAGAGGAUGAAGUAUUACGACCUGAUCGUCAGUGGGUCGUACACACCUCAGACUGUACCCACAGGAGGAAAAGCCCUGAGCGAGAAGUUUCAGCCCCCUGCUCCGGCGCAGCAGCCCGACACCUCGUCUGAUAUCAGGCGGAAGCUCUCUACCGAUCAGAUGCCGGUCCCGCCGCUCGGCAGCACGACCCCGUGCUCCGUGGACACCGCAUUUGGGGAGCAGCGGUUAGACACGCCGCCGUCCUCCCUCGGGGGGCCGUACACGCCGGGCUCCUCGUGCUCCUCGCAGGGAGGCGGGACUCCGUACACGUCACGCUCCGGAACCCCCUUUUCCCAGGAUUCGGGAUACUCCGGGGGCAGGCACGGAGGUUACAGCGGCGGUCCCGUGGGCGGCGGUUUUCCCGCGCAGGACAUGCUCCCUUCAUCCUCCUGCUCCUCGUCCGCCGUGUCGUCCUCGUCCGGGUUCAAGCCUCGCUAUUACGACGAGCCUCACGGAGUUCCUCCUCAAGACCCCGCGGCGUACCACCGAGGUCGGCCCGGGUUCCCUCCUCCCCCUCCGCUUCCCUGUUACCCCCCGUAUCAGAACGCCGGCGCCGCUGGGAUGCACAUGCCCCCCCACCCUCACAUGCCCCCCUCGGGCUCCCUGUACGAGUCUCCGCCCGUGGCCGAGCGAGAGCGGGACAGGGAGCGAAACCGAGACCGGGCGCAGAGAGACAGAGACCGGGAGCGGGAGCGAGACGCCGGCGGGCGCUACGGAGCGUCUCGCCGCUCCUCUUACCACCACCAACAGGACGUAAACUCCUCGACCAAGUCCUCCUACCAUUCGCACCACUCGCACCGGGAGGAGCGGGACGGCCGGUCGUACCGCAGGGACAGCUCGGCGUCCAGGGAGCACGGAAGGCACCGGAACCACCACCACUCGCACAACCACCACGGGCGGAGGAGGGACAGCAGGGACAGGGACGGCGAUUACGCGAACAGCUCCGACCCACGAAACAGAGGCCACGCCAACUCCACCCAUCGCUCCUCCAACAGCAUGUCUCCUCCACCCGCCUCGUACGGAGGAUACAAUCCGUCUAAAGAGCUGCCGGCCCACGACACUCCGUCUUCGUCCCGCCUGGAGCCGUCCCCCUCCUUCAGGUCGGGAGAGAGAGCGAGCGGAAGCGGAGAUAACGAUUAUCGGUCCCACCACGCGCCGUUACACCCUCCUCCUCCUCCACCGCCUCCUCCUCUACCUCCCGCCUCCGUCAUCGCGGCGGCGGUGGCUGAAACUCUGAGCUCGCUAGACUUCGGGCAGGAGAGCCCGGUCCGAGAGGAGCAGUGGAGCAAACCCAAACGGCGCCCCAGCACGCCGCCGCAGCCCCCGCGCACCCCUCCGCCCUCCUCCCCGCCCCACGCCUCCGUCCCGUCAUCAUCCACGUCACCAUCCUCCACCUCUCUGCCUCACCACCACCCCUCCUCCACGGCGUCGCUGUCCCCGCCCCACGCGCAGCGAGACUCCUCCUCCCCGGAGCCGGACUCCACCAACGAGAGCCUCCCGUUCGUUCACCACUGCAGCAGUUUGGACUCACGCAUCGAGAUGCUGUUAAAGGAGCAAAAAUCCAAGUUCUCCUUCCUCGCCUCCGACGACGAGGAUGAGGAAAAGAAGGACGAGGGCGCCCAAGGAGGCUCGAGGAAGCUGAGGGAAGAGGGAGGAGACAGAGAGAUGGACGGAGGACAGCAGAGGAGAGCGGACAGGAGGAGCAGGGUGAGAAAACAGACAGCGCCGCCAGGUGGAGGAGGAGGAGAUGGAAGGAAAAGCCCUACGGAUAUGGCGUCCUCCGCCGCCUCCAUCUCCGGAUCGCUGUCGGAGACGACGCAGGGGCAGCAGGUCCUCGUACAGGAGGAACACGCAGCAUCCGACUCGCAGAACGUGACAGGUGCACACACACCGCCCACCUACAACGGAGAGCGACAGCCGUCUCCUCAUUCCUCCGGAGAAGACAUGGAAAUCUCUGACGAAGACGACGGCGGCGGCGACGGCGGCGGCAUCGCUACGGUGACGCAGCACCACGCUUCGUCGUCCUCCUCCCCCGCUCCGUCGUCUCAGUCGGCGCUGCCCUCUCAGAGCGCCGACCCGUCGUCCGGCUCGCCCCCGGACAGCACGCAGCACUUCGGCGCCUCCAUGCCGCUCCCUCACAUGCCCUCUUACCCUCCCCACCUGCCCCCUCCUCCCCCGCCCGGCUUCUCUCUCCAGCCCCCGCCCCCGCCCCCGGGCGUGCCCCCUCCCCUGCCCCACAUGGAGCUCCACCCGGAGUACCCCAUGCCCCCCCACCUGUACGACUACGCCAACUCCGUGGAGCUGAUGAGCCAGUACGCCGGGACGUCCUUCCAGAUGCAGGCGCACAUGCUCAGCCGCCUGCACCAGCUGCGAGAAAAACACGCGCCCGGUUCCGAGUACCCGCCCUCUUACCACCUCCACUCUCUGCCCCCUCCCCCGCACGCGCCGCACCCCCACCACCCCUACAUGGACCAAGACGGAGCUGCAGGGAACCACUACGACCAGGACCACCGCUACAUGCCUCCUCACAUGCCCACGUACCCGUACCCGGACCCCCACGCCGCCCAGCUGCCCCCUCACCACCCGCACGCCAUGCCUCCGCCCCCUCACUCCCCGUGGCCUCCUCACGUCCUGCCCCAGCACUACCCCUCCCACUACCCGCCCCCGGCGUACGGCGCCGUGCCGGGCGUAGACGGCGAGCAGUACCCCAUGACCAUGAUGGGUCAGAACCCUCACGAGGCCACGGUCCAGCUGGUUCUCUCUGCUCUCAUCGACGAGAUGAAGAACAUCAUGCAGAGGGACCUGAACCGCAAAAUGGUGGAGAACGUCGCCUUCGGAACCUUCGACGAGUGGUGGGAGCGUAAAGAGCGGAAGGCCAAGCCGUUCCAGACCGCGAUGAGGGGCGUGACGGCGGUGCGGGACGAGGAGAAGAAGGAGGAGAAGACGACGAGCAGCCGGCCGCGCGAGCCGCUGAUGUCUCUGGUGGACUGGGCCAAGAGCGGAGGCAUGGAAGGGUUCUCUCUGCGCGGGGCUCUGCGUCUGCCUUCGUUCAAGGUGAAAAGGAAAGAGCCUCAGGAGCUGGCGGAGGACGCGACGCUGAAACGAGUCAGACCUUCAACUCCACCAGACGAGGAGGACGAAGACUCGUACCAGGGUAAAGUGUCCGACAGCGUGAGCCGGCCGGAGGAGACCCGAGCAGCCGAGAGAGACGCGGUACAGAGGAGAAAAAGACCCAAACCACGUAAACCUUACGAUCUGGACAGUGAAGGAGAGGAGACGUCCGACGAGUCGUCUUCUGAAAAGGAGGAGGAUGAAGACGACAGCGAGAAAGACGAGUCCGAGGACGAAGCCCUCAGCGCGGACAGCGACGACGAGAGCCUCUCCUCUUCAUCCGAAAGCUUGUCAUCGUCCUCUUCCUCCUCCUCGUCGUCUUCAUCCUCGGACGAGGACGAGGAGGAGCUGGAGCGGGCAGACGAGAGCGAGGCCCUGGACACGAUGGACGAGUCGACGAUGGACAGCGUUGCCGUGGAGAAGGAGAAGGUGAAGACGAGCGUCGGCGAGUCGCCUGCCGUCGCUGCCGCAGAGGUCAAAGCAGAAGAUAAGAUGGCCCCUGCUGCGUCUGCAGAUCACCGGCCGCCGUCUCCUCCUUGUCCUCGGCCGUCUUCUCCCAUCCUGCCUCCUCUGAAGAAGCGCCGCAAGACCGUGUCCUUCUCCAUGGAGGAGAGCGAAGCCAAACCCUCCAUCCACGUCCCUGCUGCACCUCUCUCUCCGUCCUCCGCCUCCUCCGCCGCCGCUUCUCCAUCCCUCCUCCUUUCUCCGGUCAAAUCACAGCCGCCGGAUCAGCUGAUUUCAUCAUCGCCGACCACCGUCGCUCCGACCGCGUCCUCCAAACCUGCCCCGAUGCUUCGCCCUUUUGCUUCGCGCCCGACCAAGGCCACGCCCCCUUCAGCCUCACCCACUUCGGUUCUCACGGUCCCGCCUCCCGUGCGCUCGCUGCGUCCGGAGGAACCCAGGAAACGUUCUCCGUCGCCGCAGACGACCCCCGCCAAGUCUCCUUCCAGACGCGGCAAGGAAUCCCCCAGAACCCCUCCCACUCCCGUCUGUCUCACAGUCCAGAACCUUCCGUUGGACCACGCCUCUCUGGUCCGGGUGGCCUACGAAGACCCCGCCCCCAUCCCUCCAACGCCCAAUCAGAAAGGGCGUCCACGCGGCAGGCCUCGGACCGUCAGCUUGUCAGCUCCCUCCACGCCCUCGCUGCUGGAGGAGGAUGAGUUUGAUGAUGAUGAUGAUGAAGAGGAGCUUCUGAAUCAGGGGCUGAAGCUCAGGGAGCAGCUCGGAGCGUCCUGUUUGCUGCAGCUGGCCUCCGCGUCCACGCCCGACCUCUCCGUGCUGGCCCACGUGGCCGCCGAGAUGGACGCGGACGAAGACGUCGACUCGGAGGAGACGGAGACAUCAGACGAAGCCGAAGAGCACAAACUGGAGGAGGACGAAGAAUCGCGUCUCUUCCCGUUGGAUCCGGGCGGAAUGCUCGUCCUCCAGGAGCACAACUACUCCAAAUCCGCAGCCUUCCUCGCUCCUCCUCUUUCUCCUGCUUCCUCUGCCGCACAAAAGAGGACGAAACAGGACGCGGCGGUGCUGCUCCCCACAGACUUCCAUCAGCACUGCGUCCAGGAGGCUCCGGAGGAGGUGAUCGGAGACGCUCAGACGGACACGCCCGAGCUCUACGGCGUGGGGCUCGUCGGAGACGAUGCCGGAGAUCCGGCCGAGGUGCAGGCGCUCAGCCCGGUUUCCAAACGCAGAGGCUCGUUCAAGAGGGAGGAAUCCGUGGAGAAAGGGAAGAGUAAAAAGAGGACUCGGAAAGACAAAGAGAACGUGGAGCUGCAGCCCGCUAAAAAGCAGAAGCAGGAGCACGGCAGGAAGCAGAGGAAAGGGAAGUUAGAGGACUUCGCCCCGGAGGAGGACGUGGACGUGGAGCAGCUGGAGACGGCCGAUCUGUCCAGCUCCAGCUCCGAUUCGGCCGACUCCGACUUCGGCCUGGACGAGCACCUCGGGUUCGAGCGCGAGGAGGUGAGGAAAAGCGAGCGUCUCUUCCUGCAGGAAGCCGGAGUCACGCCGUCCACCCAGAGGAAGUCCAGCCUGGCUCCGCCCCCUCUCCCGAUCUCGCAGUGCUCGUUCAAGCAGCGCAGCGAGUUCGAGCAGAUGACCAUCCUGUACGACAUCUGGAACACCGGGCUGGACCAGGAGGACAUGCGUCUCCUGAAGGUCACGUACGAGAAGCUGCUGCAGGACGACCACAACACGGACUGGCUCAACGACACGCACUGGGUCCCUCACACUAUCACUAACAUCCCGAACCCGCGGCGUAAGAAGAAGGCGGCGGACGGGCAGCUGAGGGAGCACGUCACGGGAUGCGCCCGCAGCGAGGGUUAUUACGCCAUCAGCCGCAAAGAGAAGGACGUGUACCUGGACCUGGACCUCCCCGAGGCCGUGCAGGAAGCUGUGGACUACGACGUGGCGGGCUCGAACCGUGUGCUGUCGGAGAGGCGCUCGGAGCAGCGGCGUCUCCUCAGCGCCAUCGGCACGCCCGCCGUCAUGGACUCGGACCUGCUGAAACUCAACCAGCUCAAGUUCCGCAAGAAGAAACUGCGCUUCGGUCGCAGCCGCAUCCACGAGUGGGGUCUGUUCGCCAUGGAGCCCAUCGCCGCGGACGAGAUGGUCAUCGAGUACGUGGGUCAGAACAUCAGACAGAUGGUGGCUGAUAAUCGGGAGAAGCGCUACGCUCAGGAAGGCAUCGGGAGCAGCUACCUGUUCCGUGUCGAUCACGACACCAUCAUCGACGCCACCAAAUGCGGAAACCUGGCUCGCUUCAUCAACCACUGCUGCACUCCGAACUGCUACGCGAAGGUGAUCACCAUCGAGUCCCAGAAGAAGAUCGUCAUUUACUCCAAGCAGCCCAUCGCCGUGAACGAGGAAAUCACGUACGACUACAAGUUUCCCAUCGAGGAGAACAAAAUCCCCUGUUUGUGCGGAACGGAGAACUGCCGAGGAACGCUCAACUAAAGCCCCGCCCUCUCCCCUCCCCCUUUCCCCACUGCAGGACAGCCGCACAGCAUUAUGGGUAAACAUGUCUCGGGAGUAAAUACCACAGCUUGGAUACAUUUCCGUUGUUUUAUUAUAGCUAACGGACAUGACACGCCCACAGUGUGUCUCCAUAGCGACGCCAUUUCCUAAGGUUUUUUUUUUUUUUUUUUUUCUCCCUCCCUCUCAGAGCUCUGAUUGGUGGAUUCCGAUCAUAUUUAAACUUUUUUUUUUUUUUUUUUUAAAAGCACGGAUCUGUUUUUGAAGUAUUGUCAUUAAAAAAAAAAAAUAAAAAAUCCUCCUUCCUUGUCACCUGUGCAAAAAUAAUGGCACCCACAAGAGGUUCAGAACAACGUGGCGCUUAUUUUUCACUUCCUGUCUCGGCGAUUCUUUCAGCUUAAAGGUGAACGAGUCCAGAAAGAUGCUCCGCUAUUAUUAUUAUUAUUAUUAUUAUUAUUAUUAGCUUCUAGACUUAUUUUUCUCCCAAUUUUGGCCAUUUUAAAAUAAUUUCAGACAAUAAACUAAGCCAUAAAAGGAACGUUCCUGUAGCUACAUCAUGACGUUGCAUCUACGCCCUGUAGUUAACGUUUAACUUUACAAAUUACAAAUUCAUCAAUCGUAGCGCAUUAUAUUUGUGUAUAUAUAUAUUUUCCCCGUAGCUAACCACACAGCUCGGUGUUAGUGUUAUCGUAGCUAAUGUUAGCUAGCAAAUCAUAUUGGACUUUAUUUUCUGUAGUUAGCUGUUUGUUUUUUAGCUAAUAAACUCCCCUUGUUGUAACUCUAGCUAGCUAAUAAUCAAUAAUUAUCAUCAAACCAAAGGAAACAUCCGUGCUUUAUACGGGAUUGUUACGUAAACAAAUUUUUUUUAUCGUUAAAAUUAAUUUUUCAGUCUGCCGCGUGACUAUGACGUGACGUAAGUAUUUUUAGACAGUGGAGUAAACUGCUAGCUAACGAAAACUACAGAAAAGUACCUGGCAUUGUCGUUAAAAAAAAGAGAAAAGAGAAUGCGACAGAAUUUAAUAAUAAUAAUAAUAAUAGAGAGUUUCUGGAUCGUUGUUUUCAUUCUCACGUGAUUUAUUUUAUCAUAUCAAUAUUUCCGAACUUUUUUUUUUUUUUCAGUCCUGCAGGUUUAACUCCUCCCACUUUUUUUCCAUUUUUCUUCACGACACGGCGCUCAGCGACUUCUUUCAAAAGGACACCAUGUAAUGUGUGUGUGUGUGUGUGUGUAUAUAUAUAAAUAAUAUCAUUACAGACUCGCACAUAAAAGCAAAAAACAAAAAAACAAAAAAAAAGGUCAAAAAUAAAAGUGUGUAAAUAUUGUAGAGGUGUUUGUUUCUCGUAGAAACGCACUGGUUCCGCUCUGUAAAUAUGUUCUUCUUUUUCCUACUUUUCCCCCAUCGCCGGAAAAAAAUUGUACAUACCGAUCAUUCACUUAUCUUAUUUGUUUUAUUUUUUUUUUUUAAUUUGAUGUAUUUUAAUAUUAUUUGCAAUAUUUCUCUUGUAUUAAUGCGUUGGAUCCUUUAUUAAUGGUGCAUUAAAAUAUUUUUUAGAAAAACUGAAAACCAGCCGUGUUUUAAUUCCUUUUCAGGGUACAGCUUCACUGAUUGGUCAGUUUUCUCUGGUCAUCGUGGGCGGAGCUUAAGCUAAACUGAAUCAGCCAAUCACAAACCUGGCUUGACGUAAAUUAAUUAAAGUUUGCCAAAAGGUUAGUUAACAUUAGGCUAGCUGUUUCAUUCUGUAUCUAAAACAAAUUAAAAAAAAAUCAUUAGCCAUGUUUCGUUCCACAGGAACUUUUUAUUUAUUAAAAAACUAAAAUUUUUUUGUCCAUUUAUAGCUACAUGUAAAGUUAGCUCCUGUUCUUGCUUACGUUAUAGCAGCUAUAAACAUUCGUCCUCUGUCCUGAAGAUGUCGCAAAACUUAGUUGACAUAAAGCACUGUCAAAGCACUGACACUGGAGACUCCUUCCAUAAAUGUUAAAUAAACAUCUCCUAACAGAUCAACAAUUACACGUUUUUUUAAAAUUCGUUUAUCAUCUGUGGAGCGUCGACUGUAGUACACAUCCCAGUGAAUGAGCUGUUACUAUGGAAACAAUAGCGUAUUAGUUAUAAUGAGCGCAUUAAUUGUAAAUAAAGCUGUGAUUUGCAGCUGCACUACUGUCAGAGCUGCUGUUCUAGAGAAUUAAUCAACACCCUCUGACCAAUCAGGAUCCAGCACUGUGGUGUAAACAGGCUAUAAACUACAGACUGUG